AUGUUGGUUGAGAAAUGUCCUAUUAAGCUGGUUGAAUCAACUGAUUAUAAGACUAAAGCCUAUGAUAAGUGGGUUAAGGUUGACAAGAUGGGAAGAUGCUACAUUCUUGCCUCUAUGAAAAAUAUGUUGCAACAUCAGUAUCAGUCCAUGACUAUUGCCUACGAUAAGUUAGAAUCUCUCACAGAGAUAUUCGAUGAGAAAAAUCGUGCUGCAAAGCAGACGGCCAUGAAAUCUCUCUUGACCACUAAAAUGAUUGAAGAAACUUCAGUGAGGGAGCACGUUCUUAAAAUGAUGUGUCUGUUAAACAAACUGAAAAUUCUUGGUGCGAUUAUUGGUAAGGAAUCUCAGGUAGAGAUGGCCUACAGACUCUAUCGGAUAGUUUUCAACAGUUUUGCUUAA